AACGAACGACUAACUGCUGCCAAAGCAGGUUUAUGAUAGUUUUCGCGAAUUGUAGUGCAUUUUCACUCUAUUGCCUCGUAUAUGUUUUGUUUCUUGAUUUUUUCUGCCAAUCGAAUAUAGUGUCUUUUUCUAACCCUGCGGAUAUUGCUAUGCUAUUGUGCGUCAUACAGAUUUACUUCGGGUAUUAAUGGUAGAGUAUCAGUUUAGUUGAAUGAGUGAUACGACAAUCAGUAUCCAAGGAUACGCAUGACGUUUCUCACGCCGACACAGAUUUUUAUAUUAAUAUUCGCUCUCCCACACAAGCAGAUAUAUACGUCAGUUGCUAGCUUAUGAAUGAAAUGUAUGACAGUAAAAAUUUCGAAGCAGUCAAAUAGUCAGUCGAGGGUAAAGCGAGUAACGCAGACGAGCGUUACUUGUAAUUAUAUAUUAAGUUUCAUAUCUAUAAUAAAAUUAAUUAUUUAAAUAAAAUUUUUAUUUAAUUAUAAACAAAAUGAUUUAUAGUUUUGAUAAUAUCGAUAUAUUUAUCUUUUUUAAUGAAUUAUUCGUAUAUUUAUUUGUUUUUCUCAUUAUUUAUCGUAUUUUCAAAAACUAAAAAAGAUGUGUUAUGUUUUUUGUCUGUAAACAAUUUAAUUGAUUUUGUGACACAUAUAAAUAAUAUCUAAUUUAAUGUAGAUUAAUAUAUAUUCAAUAAAAAAACCUAGUUAUAUAUAUAUUUAUUUAAGUAAAAUAUCAUUAGAUGAUAAUAAGAAAUAAUUCAAAUAAAAUAUUUAUUUUAUUUUAUUUGAUAAUAUUAAAUAAAAUUGUUAUUGAUUUAUUUCUAUCGUUCUAAAUAAAUCUAUCGUCAAUUGAGAUUAAUGAAAAUGCAAUAAAUAAAAAUGUAUAUGUGACUUGUUUUAUUAAAUAUCGAAUAUAUUCAUUAAAAAAUUUGUUUGAAAAAUGUUUCUAGAAAAAAACUUCUUUUUUAUUGAAUAAAUAAAAUUUAAUGAUUUUAUUUAAUUUAAAGGUGCAGGUAUAAUAUCAAUGGCAAAUGCAGGUCCAAAUACAAAUGGUUCUCAAUUUUUUUUAACAUUAGCUCCAACUCAAUCAUUAGAUAAAUUACAUACUAUAUUUGGACGUAUUCAUUCUGGUAUAAAUGUUUUACAAAAAAUUUCAAUUAUUCAAACAACAGAUAAUGAUCGACCUGUUGAUGAUAUAACUAUUAUUAGGGCUUAUAUAACACCAAAUACACAAACUGACUAA